UUAUGAAUAUACGCAACAACCGUAAUCGUCAGCCAUCCCCGUCUCCUUCUCCGCCUCGUUGUCAUCACCAGGCCCCUCCGGCCAUGGACCUUACCCAGCUCAUAGUCCAGUUUCAGAGAUUGAAUGCACCGACUUUCGUGGGGACUGAGAACCCCACAGCAGUACUGGAGUGGAUCAAGGAUCUGGAUAAGAUUUUCGCUGUGCUCCCCCUCCCGGACCGACAGCGUGUAUCUCUCGCAACUUAUCAGAUGAAGGAGGAUGCUUCUGACUGGUGGAUUGACCACUGGGCUUGGAGGCUAGAGGCGGAGCUUUAUGCUCUCACUUGGGAGCAGAUGAAGAUGAUGGUGCGUGGCAAGUUCCUUCCCCAGAGCUUUUACGAUAGGAUGGAGCAUGAGUUCUACCAUUUGAAGCAGGGCAGCUCCACCGUGGACGAGUAUAUUCGCACGUUCACCCGGAUAUGUCUUUUUGCGGGCGGCUCAGUGAACACCGAUACCAAGAAGGCCCGCAAGUUUCUCAAGAGGCUCAAUCAGAGGAUCCGUGAACUGGUGGGGAGUCACGGACUGAUGUCUUUUGCUGACACUGUGAGUCGGGCUCAGGAGGUAGAGAGUUCUCGGGCAAGAAAGGCAAAUUCCCACCGGGAUAACCGGAAGGGAAAGCGAGGAGGUCCAGACCGGCGCAAUCAUCCCUCUUUUGGCAACCGAACCUGCAAUAAAUGUGGCAAGUACCAUAGUGGCGAGUGCUUAGCUGACCAACGAACCUGUUUUAAUUGGAACCGUCCGGGCCACUAUGCCAGUGUCUGUCCUGAGUCUAGGAAGCAACAACAGUUCCCUCGGCAGCAGCAGCAGCACUUUCCCCAACAGCAGCUUCCCCCACCGCCAUCACAUCAGCAACAGCAGCCCCCACCGUUCCAGCAGAGGACUGGAGGUCAGGCCCGUGCCUAUACCAUUACCCACGAUGAGGCCGCCCGCAACACAGGUACUAUGCCUGGAAUGCUUUCUAUUACCAACGUGCCUGUCUUUGCAUUGUGUGAUACCGGUGCUACCCAUUCUUUUAUCUCUUCUCGUUGCUUGGAGGCCCUAUCUAUUAGUACUGUGAUUUCUUGUGAUCCUCUCGAGGUUAGCCUAGCGUCGGGAAAAGUUAUUAUCUCUGAUUCGGUGAUUCGCAACCUUCCUAUUUGUAUUGGUGGUCGAGUUUUGGAGGCCGACGUGAAUGUUAUUGAAAUGCGAGAAUUUGACGUGAUCUUGGGCAUGGACUGGCUCACUCGUUAUCGAGCCGAUAUUCG